GCUAACAAGACGAGAUCAAAAGAAAAGAAAAAACAGUUGGUGAAAGAAUGCUUAGUCGUUCCCACCAUUUUCCCAAUCCUAGUUCUUUUCAGUGUUGAAUUUCUAGGGUUACCGUUGGAACUGGACAAGUCCGUACACGUUCUCUCUUCGUCCUCCUCCGCCAUGAACUCUCGGCAAGCCUCUCCGUCGAACUGCGACAUCUGCGGCGCCACGCAAACCCUAUCUCUCACCAUCCACAACAUCCGCCACCGCGCCCACACCCGUCGCUACUGCACUAACUGUGUCCUCAAGCAGCACCCUGGCCUCUUCUGCCCUAUCUGCUUCGACCUCCACGAAGACUCUCUCCUCGCUCCGCACCACCGCCUCAUGUGCGUCCGCUGCCCCUCCAUCGCCCACCGAUCUUGUGUCUUCCCCUCCACCACCGCUGCUGAGUCCACGCCACCUUUCUUUUGUCCUAUUUGUCUCGACUCCAACUUCACUUUCUUCAGUCCCCCAGACCGCAAGACUGGAGCAGUAGAUGUCCAGUCGGCCAAGGUCCUCGUCGCAGCUGCGCGGAUCGCGGCUCUCUCCAUGAGCAAGGCUGCUGCUGCGGCGCGCUUUGAUGCGGAGCGCCGUGCCAGGGAGGCAGCUGUGGCCAGGAAGAGGGCCAAGGAGGCUCUGGAGCAUCUCGCCGAGAUCCUCGCCCGGGAGCAAGACGAGGAGCUGAACGGGAAUGCUUCUGCUGGUGGACGGCGGCGCGGCGCCUAAUAGUAUGAGAAAUUCACCAUGUAAAACAGAUAACAUAUGCGAGAGAAACUUACAUCUCAGAAGGUAGAUACAUUACAACCCUUGCCUUUCAAUUUCCUUUUUAGUAAAACGUUAAUUUUUCCAUUAUACUUGAUUUAACCCUACAUUUUUAUUCUGUCAUUUGCUAUGCCAUUUAGACUUUAGAGGGAAAUAAUGGGCUUUUUAUCAUUUUACAUCAUUUGCUCUAGUAAUGUACCUAGCAAUAAUGGAAGUUGUAUUGUAUGUCUUAUACCUAAGUCCUAUUCCACAGCUUCAACAUGAUAAAUUGUGUUCAAUUUUGGCAAACAAAAGUCAGGACAAGACAUAUUUCGGAUAUCACUAUUCGUAUGAUUGUGUUCAACUUUGUUAUAUGUAUAUGUAUUACAAUUCAAUUAAACUCAUCAGAAUCACGAACAAGGUUCUUUAUUUUUAUCUAUUUUUCUUGUUGAUCCGUAUUUGUUGCCUUUUUAAAACAAAAUUCGUUAAGAUUGAAGAGAUAGGUACAUUAUAAUUUAUACAUAUGCUAUAUAGGGUAAAAAGAAUCCUUAAAUAUAUUAUGUAAAAAAGGAAGAAGUAUGAACAAGUAACAUUCAACAUGACGAAGGUCUAAUGAUAACCAUUAGCAGAACUCCACAAGAAGCUACCACAAUCCCGAAUGGAUUCAAGAUUCAACCAAUGACCAGUAAAGACUCCCACAUUUCUUUCUGACCCAAUUCACUAGAUAAUUGCAAAUUGAGAGCUGCAUACAGGAACUACUUCCGCCAAAUGCUCUAAAAUUGACAUGUGGGCACUACUGGAAUUGUGCAAAUUGUUUCCAUGAUUCUCCUGUUAUCACCUGAACAGCAACACUUGGCAUCUGUUGUACAGUAUGUCAUAAAAAAGGAUGGGUUCAGGAGCCUUUUGCAUAGAUGCCUUUGUUCCAGUAGAAGUUCCUCUAAUUUUUUCUCUCUAGCAUCUUUGUGCUCUGGAGGACACUUGGCUUAGUAUUUACUAAAUGAACCAUGACUUCGGCGACAAGAAGGAUGGAUAUGUUGGAGGAAAAACUUGAAGGAAUGGGAGCCCGAACUGAGCAGAAUUCUUUUCUGGCAUGGAUAACAAAUUGGGGCACGUGUAGGACAAAAUAGAAAGGUUGGAGGUCAACUGGACAAAGAGGCUUCUAAAUGUAAUGAAGAAGGUAUUGGGACAAAAGGUCGACCAUGAGAAUUUCAACAAGGGGGGAAGUUCUGCAAGAAUAAAUUAGAGUCACAUUGCGAUCCACAUGGCUUGGAUGAUUAUCUGAUGGUAGUUAAGAAAGCACUUCUGGGAGCCCUAAACGGGGAAAUACCCUGUGGGAUGGAACUUUGAUUUUCAGAAUAAUGUGAAGAUGUGAGGAUUAAGUUGGCCAAGUUGAAAUUGAAGAAUAAAAUCAUAACUGUGCAACAUUUGGAAGAGCCUCCGUUACAAGGCUUGUUGGAACAAGGGUUAUGAAGCUGCCAUAGAAGCUUUUGAAUCUGUAUCCUCUCAAGUAAGAAACUACUGAACUAGCAGUUGCUUGGUAUCCAUCAGUGUCUGUGGGCUUGAUUUAGAUCCUUGGCUUCUACGAAUUCUGAUGACGCGUUAUUGAGCCAAUAGCAGUCUUUGCUCUGUAAAGAUCAAGGAGGCUGAUCGUCCCAGAGGUUUAGGGAGGGUUAAUAAUGAUGUAAAGCAAGUUUAGAAUACAUAAGGAGUUGAUCUUCAUGCGCAAUAUUAUGGGAAGAUCACCAUCAGGUUACCUCUAAUUAGUCUCAAAUUUGUUUUUGCACUGUAAGCUCCAAUCUUAGGACCCAUUUUUUCAUCAUCUUGUCUGUAUAUUUACACAAUGAUUCAAUGUAAUUGUUUCCUCCUUAA